CAGAAGAGGUCUCUGCUCAGAGAGCAAGAGCAAGAGAGAGAGCGAGAGAGAGAGAGACGUGGAUCCAAGUGUGCCUGUGAACUCCCAUCUACAUCCCACCAUGAACACAGUUCCUACUGCCAUCCUACUUCUCUUUGCCAUCGCUGCUGCUCUGUGGAGCGUUUCUCAAGCUGGUGAUGAUGGCAAGAGCUUGAUGGACUGUUGCCUUGAGACAAGCCCAAAGGAAAUUCCAAUGCGCAUUGUGAAGUCCUACAAGGUGCAGGAACCCGGGAAAGGGUGCAACAUCCCUGCUGUCCUGUUCCUGACCAAGGGGAAGAGAGUCCUCUGUGCCCCUCCCGAGGAAAUGUGGGUGAUUAAACUGAGGAAGGCAAUCAACAAGAAAAACAAGAGAAAGGGUACGAGGAAACCAAAGCGCAAGAACCAGAAGAACUGAGGAUAGACCACGGCCAAGGAACCUUCCGGAUCCUUCCUUCCGUUAACCCAUGCUUCUACCAAAGUUGCCAAUGUAAUUGAGAAUGCAAAUGUGACCUCCUCUCCGAUAUCCCCCAACUCUCAAAGAACCCUCCCUCCCUCUGGCCUGACCUGGGACAGAAAGUCACCCGGGGUCCCUGUGAGGUUGGUCCAGAGCACACACACCCAACGCUCACCCCGCUCUCAACUGGCACAGAAUUAGAAACCGUACCAGUGGGUCCAACAGAUGUUUAGGAUGGGAAAUGGGAUAGAACACCACACUGACGUGGUAGGUACACAGCCAAGUGUCACCAGUGUAGAGGGAGCUUCACUCUGUGUCUGACCCUGGGAGUGUGUGAUGGGACAGUGUAGAGGGAGCUUCACUCUGUGUCUGACCCUGGGAGAGUGUGAUGGAAUGGUGUAGAGGGAGCUUCACCCUAACCCAUGCUGUGCCUUCCCUGACAGAAUGUGAAGGGAUAGUGCGGAGGGAGCUUUGCUCUACCUAACCCGGACUGUCCUUGUAGUAUCUCCCAUCCUUCACAGUUUACUAAUUGCCACUUGACUUUACACUGCGGGUACCUGUGGUCAGUGACAGGGACCAGUGGAGGCUAACCCCUCCUCCUCCCCUGCCACCCUCAACCCCUCCGGAAAGGGUCCCAGACUUGGACCCACCAACUGUGGGACAGGGUGAUGGUCCUGAUGAAAUGUGAAACCUGUCCCCUUCUUGGAUCACUGCAUUCUGGCUCCUGUCUCCAAAAUGUGAUGAUUUGAGAGAGACGGAGUGUUUGUUCCUGGGAAAAUGUGAAUACCGAUUGGUGAAUGUUCCUUUAAACGCUGUGACGGAGACACCGACUGGUGCUACUUGGUGGGGGAAGCAGAUGACACAAGGAUACCUCCUGGAGCAGCCAGUCACUGCUUUAUCUUACAGCAGCUGCCCCAGGAACUGUGCACCUGGUGAAAUGUUUCCCCCUUCCCCCUCAAGCGGGGGAGUUCUGUUGGUUAUGGGCCUGUUCUCUCACUUUCUCUGCAGGCCCUUUAGGGCUGUUUUCAGUUUUUAUAAUGCCUUGUUUCUAACGAUUUUGUCCCAGUGGACCAUGAUAAGCUGGUCAGUCAGACAGUUUCUUCGUCUGCGUUUUAUAUCAAGCUCUUGUAUAUUUUUGUUUUAAUUUUUUUUAAACUCUGAAUAUGGACCGUUUUAUAAUAAUAAACUUCCGUUAAAAUA